AUGACACUAACGGCUGCUCACGCUCCUCAGAUCCUCCUCCAUGGCGAGCUCCGUCAGAGGAAGCGGUGGAAAAGCUUCCGCCGCCCGAACGGCGGCGUUGGCGGUGGCGGCGGCGAUGGUGACGGCGGCGGCAGAAUACGGCGCGGCGGCGGCUUAGCGGCGGAACUGGAGAGGGGAGGGCGGCGGGGGGCGUUGGCGGCGUUCUGGGACUCGAAGCCCUCUGCGGUGGAGAUGGAGCCCAUCACCGACAACGAGCAGCUGGAUCUCAUCCUCAGCCAGGCUCAGGAGGUCUCCCAGCCCAUCAUCAUCGAAUGGUCCGCUCCUCUCGCUCUCUCUAUCUCUCGCUGUCUCUCUCUCAAUCUAUCUAUCUAUCUAUCUAUCUAUCUAUCUAUCUAUCUAUCUAUCUUUCUCGCCCUCUCUCUCUCGCUCUCUCCACACUGAGUGAGCGAGGCCGGGUGAUCGUCUUCUCAUCCGGCGCACUUCUCUCUACCCCUCUCUCUUUCUCUCUCUCUCUCUCUCUCUCUCUCUCUCUCUCUCUCUCUCUCUCUCUCUCUCUCUCUCUCUCUCUCUCUCUCUCUCUCUCCCUCCCUCCCUCCCUCCGCGCUGUAAGCGAAUCGGGUCAUCCCCUUUCACCCGGCGCACCUCUCUCUCACUCUCACUCUCUCUCGCUCUCCCUCUCUCCACGCUAAGUGAGCCAGCCGGUCGUCGUCUUCUCAUCCGGCGCAGUUCCUCCGGGGUCUCUCUCUCUUGCUAUCUCUCUUCUCUCCCGGAGGAGGUGCUCAAGUAGAAGAAUAAUCAGCGAGGUCAAGGAACUCAUUUAUACUGCUCUGACGGUGUAGAAUAGAUAUCCUGUGCCUCUGACGAGUGCGGUUUUAAUUGGAGGGCUAGCUAAGUAUCGCCUUAUUCCACAGGAUGGCGUCGUGGUGCCGCAAGUGCAUCUACAUCAAGCCCAAGCUGGAGAAACUGGCGGCCGACUAUUCUGAGUGAGUCGCGUUUUUUUUCUCAAUACAACCCCCAAAUCCGAUCUUGCGCGUCUUUUUGUGUUAUUUUGAUAAAAAUAGGGUGUUUUAUGUAAAUGUCUCAGUCUGAAGUUUUACUUCGUGGACGUGAACAAGGUCACACAAGCUUUGGUCAAGCGAGGCAAUAUCUCGGUAAUCUCCCAUCUCUACCUAAGUCUAAGGAAUAUUACAGUUCACUCCCUCGGAGUGUUAGUGGGUCCUUCUUCCGAAAUAUUACUCGUUGAUGGGUAUCUCCGUGAAACUAUGGCUUUUCUAGGUCCUACAUGCUAAAAUCAUAAUAGAUGGGGGAUUUUUACGAGAAAACCUUCAAUUUUCAUAUUCACAUUUUUAUGACCUGUUGAUCUCUUAUUUUCUUCAUUCUUAUUUCCCUCUCCUGCGCUGCCCGACUGCGCCAUCAGAAAAUGCCAACCAUCCAGGUACCCCCCCCCCCCCUUCUUCUUUCUCUCUCUACUCAAUCUACCCUCCAACAUUCCCAAUAUUGUGGAGCAUCUCUCUCUCUCUCUCUCUCUCUCUCUCUCUCUCUCUCUCUCUCUCUCUCUCUCUCUCUCUCUCUCUCUCUCUCUCUCUCCCCAUCUAUAUAUCUAUCGUUUUAUCGCCAGUCUAUGAUAUGUUUUCUCGCUCACAUCACACUACGAGUAACUCUACGUCUCUUUCUCUCUCUUCACAGAUAUGGAAAGACGGAGAGAUGAAGGAAGAGAUAAUCGGCGGGCACAAGGCUUGGCUGGUGAUCGAAGAGGUCCGCGAGAUGAUCCUAAAGCACAGUUGA